CCACCAACCAAACCAAUUGGUCUUGUUCAAUAUUUUAAUGGAGAUUUAUGGGGCCUAUAAAUUAAUGGGCUGUACAAGAAUUCAUCUUGAAUAUGUAUAAGGCGUUCACGUAGAUCAUCGCCGGAAAAGUUCUCUCUCAACCGAUUUCAUUACCAAGAUGACAAUCACAGCCUCGCCGACCGUCAAAGAUGGAUGUCUCAUCGUCGGCGACAAGCUGGUUCUGACCGCCGUCCCGGAAAAUGUCGUCGUCUCUCCGGUGACCCACCGCUCAGCUUUCAUCGGCGCUACUUCUUCCUCCCCCAGCUCUCGUCAUGUAUUUUCUCUCGGAAUUCUCCGAAGGCAGGAGUUCUUAUGCCUAUACAAAUUCAAAAUGUGGUGGAUGAUACCACGAAUUGGGAAAUCAGGCAGUGAAAUUCCAGUAGAAACCCAGAUGGUGCUGUUGAAAGUGACACAAGAAUCUGCCUUAAAUGAAGAAACUUCUGCCGAUCAAGAUACCGAGGGCUGCUCAUACAUCCUGAUUUUGCCAGUUUUGGAUGGGCAAUUUCGUGCAACUUUGCAAGGGAGCUCAGAAAAUGAGCUUCAAUUUUGUGUUGAAAGUGGGGAUGUUAAUGUGCAAACUUCAAAGGCAAUGGAAGCAGUAUUUAUAAACUCAGGAGAUAACCCUUUUGAGGUCAUUACAAAUUCUAUCAAGAUCUUGGAAAAGGUCAAACCAACUUUUAGUCAUAUUGACAACAAGAAGGUUCCUCCUCAUGUGGACUGGUUUGGUUGGUGCACUUGGGAUGCGUUUUACACCGAGGUUAAUCCACAAGGAAUCAAGGAAGGUCUCCAAAGUUUCAGCGAUGGAGGUCUUUCUCCAAAAUUUCUGAUUAUCGACGAUGGUUGGCAACACACCGUAAAUGAAUAUCGCAGAGAAGGUGAACCAGAGAUCGAAGGGAUACAGUUUGCUACAAGACUAGUGGACAUCAAAGAGAACGGAAAGUUCAGCGGUUCUGGUUCCGAUAAUGCCUGCAAUCUCCAAGAUCUUGUUCAUACCAUCAAAGAAAAAUACGGCCUCAAAUAUGUCUAUGUAUGGCAUGCUUUGGCUGGUUACUGGGGAGGAGUACUCCCAUCUUCCGAAUCGAUGAAGAAAUACAACCCUAAGAUUGAAUAUCCCGUUCAAUCGCCGGGCAACAUGAGUAAUAUCGGCGAUAUUGUUGUGGACGUCUUGGAGAAAUAUGGAGUUGGGGUUAUAAACCCUGAGAAGAUUUAUGAUUUCUACAACGAUCUCCAUGGUUAUUUGGCGAAAAUUGGCAUUGAUGGAGUCAAGGUGGAUGUCCAGAGCCUAAUGGAGACCUUAGGUUCGGGAUAUGGUGGGCGUGUGUCAAUCACUAGGCAGUAUCUAGAAGCAUUAGAACAAUCAGUUGCAAUAAAUUUCAAAGAAACUAAUCUGAUUUGCUGUAUGAGUCAUAACACAGACUCGAUAUACAGUUCAAAGAAGAGUGCAGUUGCUAGAGUUUCAGAGGACUUCAUGCCUAGAGAGCCAACAUUUCAGACUUUACAUGUUGCUGCUGUGGCUUUUAAUAGUCUUCUAAUGGGGGAGAUUGUAGUGCCAGAUUGGGACAUGUUUCAUAGCAAGCAUGAAACAGCUGAAUUCCAUGGUGCAGCCAGAGCAUUGGGCGGUUGUGCCGUAUAUGUAAGCGACAAGCCCGGGAAUCACGAUUUCAAAAUACUGAGGAAGCUAGUGUUGCCUGAUGGAUCAGUCCUUAGGGCAAGAUAUGCAGGCCGGCCUACUCGAGACUGCUUAUUUCGAGACCCCGUAAUGGAUGGAAAAAGGGUGCUGAAAAUAUGGAACUUGAAUAAGUUAACAGGAGUCCUCGGCGUCUUUAAUUGCCAAGGAGCAGGAAAUUGGCCACUGAUGAAAGUCGCUCAGAAUGAAGCUACCUCGACUUCUACAACACUAAGUAUCAAAGGUAGUGUCUGUCCAAAUGAUGUAGAAUUUCUUGAAGAUGUUGCAGGUGAAAACUGGGAUGGAGAUUCUGCAGUUUAUGCCUUCAACUCAGGAUGUCUUUAUAAGUUGAAAAAGAAAGAAAGUCUUGAAGUUGGAUUGAGAACUUUAGACUGUGAGAUAUACACCGUUGCUCCAAUCAGGGUUUUCGGUAAUGACAUCCACUUCACACCGAUAGGAUUGCUUGACAUGUAUAAUUCAGGAGGAGCGACCGAAACUCUAACCCACAACGUGGAUCUUUCACAAUGCACCAUCAAAAUGACGGGGCGAUUCUGUGGCAGAUUCGGAGCCUACUCGAGCUCCAAACCGAACCGUUGUGUAGUUGACAUGAAAGAAGAGGAGUUUACCUAUGACUCUGGAAGUGGACUACUAACAGUAAACCUUGAACAUGGAUGCAUUUCAAGAGAGAUAAAGUUUGUAUAUUAAUAAUCUGUCGACAUGUUGUCCAUGUAAAAUUGUGAGGAACAUUUUGUUUGCGGCAUAUAGAAAUAUGAAUCUCAGUCGAUGCUUUUGGCUCUCAAUCUUAUAAAAGAAUCCGAAAGCAGAGCUCGACGUGGUAUGCAAUAUAACUUAGAAUGGCGGACUGAUACGCACUUAUUUCUAAUUAAUAACUUUCUAAAUAUGUAAUGAUAUAUAUGGGACAUACGACA